CAAAUAUCUUUACACAAUUGUUUUUCGUAAUUAUUUCGGCGAUGUCGAAUUGCUGUGAUCAGGUUGACUGACGUUACUGGACAUCUGCAAAUAAGUCAAUAAAGUGUAUUUUUUCAAUCGCCGAAGUUAGAAAAAAGUAAUGUAAAGGCAAAACGCUUUAUAUUUAACCACCUGAAAAUGUUUCAUUCUCCUUUCAAAACCUUCGUUCAUGACAGCAUUCUUCUGUGGUUUUCACUGUCACACAAAUUGUUCAUCUUCUAAAGUAUAGCAGAGAGCAAACAAUAGUAAUUUAAUACAUAGUUUAAACGGGUGUUUACGAGGAAUGCAUGCCAUUUCAACAGGCACAAUAAGUUAUGCAAUGCGCGCGAUUCCGAUCGAAUGCUACAAUCUCUCCCCAUAACGUGUGUAAGGCAUGAUCAUUGCUUGACGAGUGGGAUUACAUAAAUGGCGAGCCUGCCAACGAAAAAACUCUCUUCUUCUAAGUCUCGACUCAAUGAGGCUACUAAGAACACUUCUCCUGUCAAACAGACAGCAUCGAACGAGGUUGAUCAAUUAGCUGAAGUGAUGGCUCCAGCUUUUCAAUCAAAUCAGCCUGCAUCGCGUUUCGUCCAUCCUUUGCCCCAUAAACUGGAGGUCGGUGAUGACUUCGAGCUGUGGUCGGACAAGGUGCGCCGAUACGUUGAUCUGAUGAACGUGCCUCACCCGAAUGCAUUCGUCAUCGAUUCUGUUGGACGGUCCUUGGAAAUGUACACAAUUGGUUUGGAUUAUGUGCAUAUGCCCUUGAUCACCCUCUUGAGUACUCUAAAAGCACGUAUAGUGCCACCAGUACCUCACAUUGAAUCGCUGAAAAGAUUCAGUGAGUGCAACCAGAGACAAGGUGAAUCCAUCAACCAGUUCAUCUUACGUCUCCGCACGCUUGCACGUCAAGCUAUGCAGGACAAGACUUAUUCAGAAGUUGAAGAUGCUAUAUUUUCCAAGUUCCUGCAGGGUGUCGACUUCCGUUACAGGAAGGAUUUCAACCUACACACUCCAGCCUCCAUGGCAGAAGCUGAAACUAGGGCACGCUUGGUGGAAAGCCUGGAAGAGCCAGGAACCACAUGCCCACAAGUAAACGCAAUGGGACAUCCGAACAGAACAACAAAAUAUGCACAGAAUCCCACACCACCGUGGAAAGGACGUCCACAGUCUCAAUCCACCUCAAGAAAUGAUUGCUACUACUGCAGGCGGUUUGGUAAGCUGGCUAGAAGUUGUGGUCACAAUGCAGAAGAUGAACAAUUUGUGUGACAGUGAAAACCACAGAAGAAUGCUGUCAUGAACGAAGGUUUUGAAAGGAGAAUGAAACAUUUUCAGGUGGUUAAAUAUAAAGCGUUUUGCCUUUACAUUACUUUUUUCUAACUUCGGCGAUUGAAAAAAUACACUUUAUUGACUUAUUUGCAGACGUCCAGUAACGUCAGUCAACCUGAUCACAGCAAUUCGACAUCGCCGAAAUAAUUACGAAAAACAAUUGUGUAAAGUUAUUUGCCUAUUAUUUUUCAUCAAAUAUAUUUAAGAUCCUGCUU